AUGGCAGAACAUAAUACCUUCCAGGAGGCUAAUGCCACCAAGACUGAGAUGAAUGUCAAUAUUGAGGGCCAGCAAGAGGAGGAGCCGGUCAGUUACGGCCCAGAUGGAGAGAAAAAUCCUGAAGCUGUUCCAGAUGAGAAUGCACAGGAUGGUGUGAGAAUAGCGGAAGCAAUGACUCUGUCGUGGUCGAAGUCUUCUCUGAUCAUCGUCUACAUUUGUAUGUGGUUGCUUUACUUCAGCAAUGCCUUUGAGGCAUCACUUUCGUAUAACCUGGAUCCCUUCGUGUCCAGCGCGUUCCAGGAUCACUCGCUACUUCCAAUUAUCUCUGUCGUGGCCAACGUGAUGGCUGGUGCCACUUACCUGCCGGUUGCCAAGAUUCUGAACUUGUGGGACCGAACUGUCGGCUUCGUUCUGAUGAUGGCUAUUGCUACCCUGGGCAUGGUCCUCAUGGCAGCUUGCAACAGCUUCGAGCUUUACGCUGCUGCAAACAUUUUCUACUCGGUUGGUUUUACGGGCAUGAUUUUCUGUAUUGACGUGGUCACCGCCGAUACUUCUUCCCUGCGCAACCGUGGUCUUGCUUUUGCCUUGACUUCUUCGCCUUAUAUUAUUACCGCAUUCGGUGGCCCCAAGGCAGCAGAGUCCGUAUAUGCCAUUAACUGGCGCUGGGGAUAUGGUGCUUGGGCCAUUGUUCUUCCCUUCGUUGCUAGUCCCAUGAUUGUCAUGAUGCAGCUUGGUAAGAGAAAGGCAAAGAAAAACGGACUGGUCCUCAAAAAGCCUAGCGGCCGUACUUGGACCGAAAGUCUCGUUCACUACUUGAUCGAAUUUGACAUCGUCGGAGUCUUCCUUUUGUGCGCUGGAUUCGUCCUCUUCCUGCUGCCGUUCACUCUCGCCGCUUCAUCUGCCGAGGCUUGGAGGUCCGCCCACAUUAUUGCCAUGCUGGUCGUGGGCUUUGUUCUCAUCGUCGCUUUCGGCUUCUGGGAAAAAUUCGGUGCCCGCCACCCCUUCGUUCCAUGGCACCUCCUGAAGAACCGUACUGUGAUCGGUGCUUGCUUGUUGGAUGCCAGCUACCAGAUUGCCUACUACUGCUGGAACUACUACUUCACCUCUUACCUGCAGGUUGUCUACAACACCUCGCUUGCAUCCGCCGGUUACAUCGCGAGCAUCUUCGAUAUCAUCUCCGGCGUUGAGCUCUUUGCCGUUGGUCUCCUAAUCAGCUACACCGGACAUUUCAAGUGGGUGCUUAUGUGGGGUGUUCCGCUGUACAUGCUUGGUGUUGGCUUGAUGAUCUACUUCAGAAACCCUGGCUUUGAUUUGGGUUAUAUCAUCAUGUGUCAGGUUUUCAUUGCCCUGGGUGGUGGUGUUAUCAUCAUUGGUCAGCAGGUUGCUGUUAUGGCUGCUGCUGACCAUGAUGAUGUGGCUGCGCUUUUAGCCCUGCUGGGUCUGUUUGGAACUAUUGGUGGCUCUAUCGGUGGAAGUAUCUCGGGUGCUAUCUGGACCAACACUCUGCCGGGUAUGCUACAGUCUAUGCUUCCCGACGACACAGUUGGCCAAUGGCAGGAGAUCUAUGAUGACCUUGCGGUACAGCUGAGCUACCCCAUGGGCUCCCCCACCAGACUGGCCCUUCAGUACGCCUAUGCGGCUACCCAGAAGCGAAUGCUGAUUGCUGGUACUGCCGUCAUGGCCCUGAGUCUUGGCUUCAUGAUGAUGAUCCGUGACAUUAAUGUCAAGAAAAUCCAGCAGACUAAGGGCUUGGUUUUCUAA